GUUGUUUCAGAAUAGUACCAAGUAAAUUUUUGUUUUUACAAAGAUGGAAGUUUGGAACAAGCCCUGCAGCUCACUAGUUUACAUUUUUGUUCUGUUUAUGUUGUCUUUUCGCCCGUCCUCCAGUGACAUAGCAGUCCUACAGCAUCAUCUUGAAUCACAGCACGCGAUUAGCAGCUGUAAUCUGUUCCAAGGAAGUUGGAUCUACGACGAAUCAUACCCGAUAUACAACUCAUCGGUUUGUUCAUUUAUCGAUAAAGAAUUCGAUUGCCAGGGAAAUGGGAGGCCUGAUAAGCUGUAUCUCAAGUACAGAUGGAAGCCUUCUGCAUGUGAAAUGCCCAAAUUUGAUGGUAGGGAUCUUCUGAGGAGGCUAAAAGGGAAGAAGCUAAUGUUUGUUGGGGAUUCGUUAAGCCUCAACCAGUGGCAGUCCUUAACAUGCAUGUUGCAUGCAGCACUGCCCCAAUCAAACUUGGCAAUCCAAAGAAAAGGGGCCUUCCCCACAUUUAAUUUCCCAGAGUUUAAUGUUUCUGUGAUGUUAUGUCGGAAUCCAUUUCUGGUCGAUUUGGUGACAGAGAAGAUAGGAAGAGUGCUAAAGCUUGAUUCAAUCCAAAAUGGCAACUCCUGGAAAGGGUAUGACAUGCUCAUCUUCAAUACAUGGCAUUGGUGGCUUCAUAAGGGAAGCAGCCAACCAUGGGAUUACAUCCAGAAAGGUGAUCAAGUGUACAAAGACAUGGAUCGUAUGGUUGCGUUUGAAGAGGGACUGAAAACAUGGUCGAAGUGGGUAGAUUCCAACGUUGAUCCUUCCAAGACCAAAGUGUUUUUCCAAGGCAUCUCUCCAACUCAUUAUAGAGGUGAGGAAUGGAAUGCAAGUAAGGGAAUGAGUUGCAAAGGAGAAACCCAACCCAUAGCAGGGUCAACCUAUCCUGGAGGACCACAUCCUGCAACAGCAGUGGUGAAGCAAGUGUUGAGUAACAUGUCAAAACCAGUAACAUUAUUAGAUAUAACCACACUUUCUCAGCUAAGAAAAGAUAGCCAUCCAUCUGUAUAUGGUGAUGAUGCCACUGGAAGUGAUUGUAGCCAUUGGUGCCUUGCUGGUGUGCCUGAUACCUGGAAUCACCUCUUGUAUGCAAUUCUGGUCUCUCAAGGAAAAUCAAAGCCAAUGUAAUUAUAUAUAUAUAUAUAUAUAUUUUAAAGAGACAAAAAUGUUGGUAUUUUUGCCUCUACUAAACUUGUAAAUAAUGAAAUGUUAUCCAUAUAAUUAUUUAUGAAAUAUUAUAUUUCCACCAAGUAAUAAAAGGAUGAAAUUGUAUUUUU